UAAACCCGACGCGCAUCCUCCUCCUCCUCCGCCUCCUCUCUCUCUCUCUCUCUCUCUCUCUCUCUCUCUAUGUAUAUAUCUAUAUCUAUUCGCUCUACUCGUGAUCGCUCCUCCUCGUAGACGUGAAAUAGAGAGAGAAAGAGAGAACUCAACCAUGGACGAGAAUUCUGCGGCCAUUGAAGCAAUUCUGAGAGGAGGAGAAGAAGAAGAAGAAGAAGAAGAAGAAGAAGAAGAAGAGAGCAGCAAAAUCAACAACAAAGGAACCGUGGACAACGAUGGCGGAUGGAAAACGGUGUCGUACCAGAAGCGCCACAGAAAGAAGUCGGUGAAGGCCCCGGAGGCCUUCUCCGAUCCCCAAAAGCUCGGCUCCUCUGCCACUGGCGAUGUCUUCCGGUCGAUCGAGCAGCACUCCGAGGAGCGUCGCCACCGUCUCGAAGCUCAGAGGGCCGCCGGAGAAAACGCCGUCAAAUUGAGCGGUGAUGACGUGGAGGAUGGUGCCGAUGUUGAGGCCGCCUCCAGUGUCGACAAUGGCGGUGCGGAGGCGAAGAAGACUAAGGUGAAAAGGCCGAAGAAGCCGAAGGUUACUGUCGCUGAGGCGUCGGCGAAGAUUGAUGCUUCUGAUCUUGCUGCUUUCCUUGCUGAUAUAACGGUUUCGUAUGAAUCGCAGCAGGAUAUACAGCUCAUGCGAUUCGCGGACUAUUUUGGCCGUGCAUUUGCUUCUGUGAGUGCGUCUCAAUUUCCGUGGAUGAAGACAUUCAAGGAGUCUUCUGUUGCAAAGAUGGUUGAUAUACCAAUUUCUCAUAUAUCUGAAGCCAUUUAUAAGGCAUCAACUGACUGGCUUAACCAACGAUCCUUUGAAGCACUUGGUUCCUUUGUAUUGUGGUCAAUGGAUAGCAUAAUUUCUGACCCAGCUAUCCAUCAAGGAGCAGCUAAGGGGUCAAAAAAGGUGGUUCAGCAAGCUCCUUCAAAAUCUCAGGUUGCCAUAUUUGUGGUUUUAGCAAUGACAUUGCGACGUAAACCUGAUGUGUUGAUCAGUCUAAUGCCCGCAAUAAGGGAGGAUGCAAAAUAUCAAGGACACGAUAAGCUUCCAGUCACAGUGUGGGUGAUUGCUCAGGCCUCUCAAGGGGAUUUGGUUGUGGGGCUCUUCAUGUGGAUAAAUUUCCUCUUGCCGAUGCUGAGCAGUAAAUCAGGUUGCAACCCGCAGGCCAGAGACUUGAUUUUGCAGUUGGUGGAGAGAAUUUUAUCUGCCCCAAAAGCUCGUCCUAUUCUUUUAAAUGGUGCUGUCAGAAAAGGUGAGCGCUUAGUGCCACCAUCUUCUCUUGAGUUUCUCAUGAGAGCCACGUUCCCUGCUUCUUAUGCUAGAGUCAAGUCAACUGAGAGGUUUGAAGCUGUUUAUCCAAUAUUGAAAGAGAUUGCUCUUACUGGUUCCCCUGGAAGCAAAGCAAUGAAACAAACUACACAACAAAUAUUGCAAUUUGCACUCAAAGCUACUGGAGAAGGUGUUCCUAAUCUAUCUAGGGAAGCAAGCAAUAUAUUCAUAUGGUGUUUGACUCAGAAUCCUGACUGUUACAAGGAUUGGGACAAUCUUUAUCUGGAUAAUCUUGAAGCAAGCAUUGUUGUUCUCAAAAGGCUGGUUGAUGAAUGGAAGGAACACUCUGUUAAACAUCCUACUGUUCAGCCUUUGAAGGUGACUUUAGCAAGCUUCAGGAAGAAGAACGAGAAAGCAUUGGCUGCAGAUGAGGAUGAUGACCGCAAAGCAUCCUUGAAGGAUGCAGACAAGCACUGCAAGGUGCUGAUGGGGCGAUUGUCAAGGACUCAUGGAUGCAUGAAGAUUGUGGUGUUUGUGUCCGUUGCAUUGGCUGUGGGCGCUGCUUACAUGUCCCAAAACAUGCAGUCUUGGGACCUGAAAGAACUUUUGGUAGAUUUUAACUUCCCUUAAAUCUUCCGAGUUAUCUUUCUUAGAGGCUCAUGAGCACAGAUGAUGGCUUAUGGCCAUCACUACAUGACUUAAUUAUGUCCUGGCAUAGAUGACCAAAAUGGUCCAUAGCAAAAAUGGGGAGGGAAUGCGUUGGUUUUGUCGUGAACUUUUUGACUGGUGUCCGUUGGGUUUUGUGUAAAAUGAAAAUAGGUAUAGGAGCAGCAGCAGCCAAAUGGUGUGGGCUUUACGUUUACAGUGUUGAUGUGUCUGGUUUCCAGUUUGGACUUAUUUCAAUGACCUUCCUAUCAUAACAACUUUCAGUUGCAAGGCUUUUUCUUUUUCGAUUUUUACACUUCACUUUUGCAAAAUUGUCAUACGGAGUUUGUUUCAA